AUGACGGGUUCUGUAUGCCACCUUCAUGCCUUUUCCCUCUCUCCUUCCGGUCACGUCGCUGCCGCUUGCCCCGCUGCGGACCCCACCUGCUACAACUGUGGCCAGCCUGGUCACCUUUCUUCCGGCUGUGCCCAGCCCAAGAACAAGGCCUGCUACACCUGUGGCGCUGAGGACCACCUCUCCUCUGCCUGCCCCCAGAACCCCAACGCCGGUGGCGGUUUCGGCGGUGCUGGCGGUGCCGGCGGUGAGUGCUACCGAUGUGGCAAGCCCGGCCACAUUGCCCGUAUGUGCCCCGAGUCUGGUGACGCUGCUGGCGGUGCCGGUGGCUUUGGCGGUUACGGUGGUGGUUACGGCGGUGGUGCCGGCUUCGGUAACAAGUCUUGCUACACCUGUGGUGGUGUCGGCCACAUCGCCAGGGAGUGCCCCAGCGGUGCCGCUCGAGGCUUCGGCGGUCAGGGCAACUUUGCCGCUGGUCCCCGAAAGUGCUACAACUGUGGCCAGCCCGGUCACAUCUCUUCCCAGUGCUCCCAGGAGCAGGGCCGAACCUGCUACUCUUGUGGCCAGCCCGGCCACAUCGCCUCUGCCUGCCCCGCUGCCGGUGGUGCCGCCCCCGCCGAUGCUCCCUCCGCCUAA